AUGUCUUCAACCACAACUUCAGCGCGUGGCAGCGCCGGAGAAGCCAUCGCCAUCAUCGGCAGCGGGUGUCGCUUCCCCGGCGAAGCAGACACUCCGUCCAAACUAUGGGAGCUCUUGAACGCACCGCCAGAUCUAUCAGUCCCAGUACCGACAUCUCGACAUGGUCUCCUUAACCCGUCAGGCUCUUACCAUAAAAGUAAUUCUUACCAUGGCCACCACAAUGUCAAAGACAUGAAGUCUUAUUUCCUUACCGGCGAGGGAGUGGAGCGCAAAUUCGACGCAGGCUUUUUCGGCGUCAAGCCGGUUGAGGCCAAUGUCAUGGACCCUCAGGUUCGCAUUCUGCUCGAGGCCACAUACGAGGCUCUCGAGAACGCGGGCCAGACCAUCGAGAGCCUGCAGGGUUCGGACACGGGCUGCUACGUAGGCCUGAUGCUGGGCGAAUAUGAGCAGGCUAUGAUGCGAGAUCCUGAGAGUGUUGGCACCUACCAUCUCACUGGCACCUCCCGCGGUCUCAUGUCUAAUCGGCUAUCGUAUUUCUUUGACUGGCAUGGGCCAUCGAUGACAAUCGAUACAGCGUGCUCGUCCAGCUUAAUAGCAGUCCACCAGGCUGUCCAGCUCCUCCGUACGGGCCAAUCCCGUGUUGCUGUCGCAGCUGGGUCGAAUCUCCUGCUUGAUACCAACAUCUAUGUCAGCGAGAGCAACCUGCAGAUGCUUUCACCAGAUGGACAGUCACGCAUGUGGUCCGCCGACGCAAACGGCUAUGCUCGUGGUGAAGGUGUAGCUACCAUCAUCAUGAAGCGCCUUAGCGAUGCCGUCGCUGACGGGGAUGAUAUCCUGUGUACCAUCCGCGAAUCGGGCACCAACCAGGAUGGAAAGACUCCUGGACUGACCAUGCCCAGCUCCACAGCUCAAGAAGCUUUGAUCCGCGACACUUACCGCCGAGCUGGCCUCAACCCCAAGAACCCGGCAGACCGACCUCAAUUCUUCGAGGCGCACGGAACGGGGACCCCGGCCGGAGACCCGAUAGAAGCUGCCGCCAUCCACGCUGCUUUCUUUGGAGGCGGUGAUCCAUCUGACACCAGCAACACGAUGCUGGUGGGCAGCAUCAAGACCAUCUGUGGCCACACUGAGGGCACCGCCGGCGUGGCUGGUAUAUUGAAGGCCGCUCUCUCAUUACAGCACUCGACCGUGUUGCCCAACUUGCUUUUCAAGAGCCUGAAUCCUAAACUGAAGCCAUUUGUUGGGCAGCUGCGCGUUCCGACGACCACUCUGCCGUGGCCUGCUGUAGAGGCUGGAGAGCCACGACGAGCUAGUGUGAACAGUUUUGGAUUCGGAGGAUCUAAUGCACAUGUUAUCCUGGAAAGUUACACGCCAUCAGAUGGCGAUGCAGCAUUAGUCCACGGAGCAGCAAACGUUCCUGUCUUCACGCCUUUUGUGUUUUCUGCAGCGUCUGAGAAGUCGCUAAAGAACUACAUCGAGUCCUUCACGGCCCACCUCGAAGCCCACCAGGACACAUUCGACAGCCCAGAAAGCCUUCGUCAUCUCGCCUACACACUUCACACCCGCAGGAGCAGAUUCCAGUAUGCGACUGCAGUGGCUGCUUCAUCUGCCGCAGAGCUGAUCGGAAAGCUGAGAGAGAAGCUCCAGAGUCAAAGUCCCGAGAAGCCGGUUGGUCUUCGCGCAAACCGCGAUUUGGACCACCGAAAGCCUGUCAUGAUUGGCGUCUUCACUGGCCAAGGUGCACAGUGGGCUUGCAUGGGGGCGGAUCUUCUCGCCCAGUCCAGUGUCGCAGACACUAUAUUCUCAAAACUCGAGGGUCGCCUCGCCCGCCUACCUGCGGAGGACCGCCCGACCUGGUCCCUGAAGGAAGAGCUCCGACGCUCUGGGCCUGCCUCGCGCGUCGCCGAAGCCGAACUGUCCCAGCCGCUCUGCACGGCUAUCCAGAUUGUGCUCGUGGACCUUGUACGUGCCGCUGGGAUUGAGUUCGGGGCCGUUGUUGGCCACUCAUCCGGAGAAAUCGCCGCUGCUUACGCCGCCGGCUUGAUUUCCGCCGACGACGCGAUAUGCAUUGCGUACUACCGAGGCUUCCACGGAAAACUAGCUGGUGCUACCAACGGCCAACCUGGCGCCAUGUUGGCAGCCGGGACAUCGGCUGAGGAUGCUGCCGAGAUCGUGGAAGCAUUUGACGGCCGUGCCAAGAUUGCUUGCUACAACUCCAGCUCCAGCGUCACUCUUUCCGGUGAUGAGGAUGCUUUGCAAGAGAUCAAGGUUGUUCUAGACGAUGAGAGCAAGUUCGCACGGAUGCUCAAGGUAGAGAAGGCCUAUCACUCGCACCACAUGCUUCCAUGUGCUGAAGCCUACCGCAACUCCAUCAAGGCUCUGAACAUCUCUGUCGCUCAGCCAGACAGCAAGUGCAUUUGGAUUUCGAGCGUGUCUGACCAAGACAUCUCCACUGGUGGUCAGCUGGACAGGCUCAAGGAUGAGUACUGGGUCGAUAAUUUGACCAGCCCAGUGCUAUUUAUGCAAGCUCUGAAGAAGGCUUGUGAAGCUCAUGGCGGUGCAUAUGACAUGGCGGUCGAGGUUGGUCCGCACCCGGCGCUCCAGGGACCUGCUCUGCAGACGAUCGGGGAAGCCACUGGUCAGGCAAUUCCUUACACAGGGCUUUUGAAGAGAGGCGCUGCAGAUCUCACAUCACUGGCGGACGGGCUCGGACAGGCUUGGGUCCACCUGGGUCGCGGCUCGUCCCUGAAUCUGCAAGAAUUCGACCGGUUCGUCUCGUCCGGUGCGCCCUCAAAGUUGAUCCAGGGCCUUCCCACCUACGCCUGGGACCACGACGCGGAUUACUGGCAUGAUUCCAGAUACGCCAAGGCAUACUUCUCCAGGAGCAAGAACCACGAGCUUCUUGGCCAUCUGGCACCCGACUGUAAUCCAGACCAAGAGCUACGAUGGCGCCAGAUCCUGAUACCAAAGGAGUUCCCUUGGAUCAAUGGCCACAAACUGCAGAACCAGAUGAUCUUCCCCGGCGCGGGAUACGUAUCACUUGCGAUCGAGUCCUGCCGCGAGCUAUUGAAGAUGUCUUCGGAGUCUGCGGCGCUCAUCGAGGUCCACGACGUCGACAUCGUCAAUGCCCUGACCUUUGACGGUGACGACUCCAAGGUCGAGACCAUUUUCCGUCUCUCCGAGAUCGUUCGGAAUGAAGGUGCAGGCAAGGAUAGCCACGGGACCAUCACGGCCAGGUGGCAAUUCUCAGCUGCCCAUUUCGGUUCCGUGAACAGGCAGGGCGACGCGAACUUGCGCACGCUAUCCCGCGGUCUUGUCAAGAUCACGCUCGGAAGGGAAUCCGCCGCCGCGCUUCCCGCUCGUGGCCCGCGCCCUGAUAAUUGCCUCCCCCUCAACGCCGAUGACUUUUACGACUCGCUUCGUCAGAUGGAGUAUGAGUACUCUGGUCCCUUCCCUGCCUUGACCGGGCUGCAGAGGAAGCUCGGCACGGUGACCGGCUACGUCGAGAACAUGGAAGACCCAGACUCUGAGCUCCUGGUCCACCCAGGUAUGCUCGACGCUGUGUUCCAGUCCGUCCUACUUGCCCACUCGGCGCCAUAUGAUGGGAGUCUUUGGUCUAUGCAUGUUCCGAGGACCAUCGAUCGAGUCGUCGUCAACCCUCUUCUAUGUGAGAUCGACAAGAUCAGGGGUAAGAUGCUCCCGUUGGAUUCGUUCCAGGUGCCGACGGUCAACACCAUCAAAGGCGACAUGGACGUCUUCCCUCCCGAGGUUGAGCUCCCCGGUGCCGCUCUCACAAACGCCCUGAUACAAGUUGAAGGGUUGGACUGCGUUCCUUUUUCACAAGCCAUGGCUCAUGACGACAAGCAGGUCUUUUCCGUUGUGGAAUGGAACUCGGCUGUACCUGACGCUGCUAGUGCUGCUUGGGAUAUGGAUCCAACCACCGAGCAGAAGGAACUUGCGCACUUCCUUGAGCGGCUCUCCUUUUACUACUUACAGAACCUGCAAAAUUCAAUCCCCGAGGACGACCCAUGCCGGAGCCCUGACGCACCCCUCAGCGGAAUGUUCGGAAUGGUGAAGCACAUCGAGUCUUUGAUUGUCACGGGCCAGCGACCGUUCUGGGAGGCAGAGUGGAACAACGACACCCAUGAGACCAUCACCGCCGCUUCCCAGCCUUACCUCGACUUCAUUGACUUCAAGAUGGUCAGAGAAAUCGGAGAGAACCUGGUCGAAAUCGUCAGGGGCACCAAGUCGGCUAUCGAGGUGGCCAUGAAAGACAACCUCCUCAACGAGCUCUAUCCCAACGCCCUGGGAAUGAAAGAGUGCACAGUGUACCUCGCCCGGCUCAUCAAGCAAAUGACCCACCGCUACCCGCACCUCAACGUCCUGGAGAUCGGAGCCGGCACGGGAGGCUCCACGAAGGCAAUCAUGAGCGCCGUGGGCGACAGCUUCUCGUCGUACACCUACACGGACAUCUCGUCCGGGUUCUUCCCCGCGGCGCAGGAGGUCUUCAGGGAGCAGGCCUCGCGCAUGACGUACAAGGUUCUCGACAUCGGCAAGAGCCCGUCGGACCAGGGCUUUGAGGAGCAGCAGUACGACCUGAUCGUCGCGUCCAUGGUCCUGCACGCGACGCCGUCCAUCAGGCAUACCCUGGCCAACGCGAGGAAGCUGCUCAAGCCGGGCGGCUACCUUGUCGCCAUGGAGGGCUUCAGCAACGAUGUGGCACGCACUGGCCUUGUCUUUGGUGCGUUCGCCGGAUGGUGGCUGGGCGCGGACGAGGGUCGUGUCCUGGGCCCUCAUGCUACGGUGGCGGAAUGGGACAGCCUGUUGCGUGAGACUGGGUUCUCUGGCUGCGACAGCCUAACGCCGGUCGUUGAUCCGCUGUUCUGCCACACGACGGUCUUUGUAUCACAGGCCGUGGAUGCGCGUGUCAACUACCUCCGCGACCCGCUGGCUUCUUUUGCCGCACCAACACCCGAUUUGAAGCUUGAUCGUGCUUCGGAUCUGAUCCUCGUUGGUGGUAGGACACCUGCUAGCAACGCCUGUGUAUCUCAGUUGAUACCUAUCCUUCAACAAUCUUUCGCAAACAUCACGCCUGUCCAAACCCUUGCUGAGGUUGCUAGUCUCAACCUGUUGCCCACAACCACAAUCUUGAGUCUUUCAGACCUCGAUGAGCCUCUGUUCGAAAAGCUGGCCGAGCGUGAUUUUGAGGCCGCCAAGAAGGUGCUCGAGAGCGCCGGCUCUAUUCUCUGGGUCACCCAGGGCCGCCGGGCUGCAAACCCAACCACGAACAUGACAGUCGGCAUGGUGCGCACCGUCCUGCUCGAAGUUCCGACGCUCGCUUUCCAGUUCUUUGACUUCGAGGACGCCAGAGCCCUGAGCGCCGAAAGGAUUGCUGAAGCGCUCCUUCGCUUCAAGGCCGGAGUGGCGUGGCAGCAAGAAGACAGCACCCUUGCGAAGUCUGGGAACAUUCUCACGACUAUCGAGCGCGAGAUCGUGCUCGACGAGCGCGGCCGGGUGCUCAUCCCACGAGCUUUGCCCAACAAGCACAUGAAUGAUCGUUACAACUCGUCCCGGCGUGCCAUCCACAAUGAUGUGGCACUCUCGAAUAACGGCAAUGUCAGCCUUGUUAGAGACGAGGGACGACAUGAGUAUUACCUCGAGCAGUCCGACGAGAAAGCCACAAGCGAUAACUCACUGCGGAUCUCGCACUCGCUUCUUCUUGCUCUUCGAGUCGAGGGUCUCGGAUAUAGCCACAUCAGUCUUGCAGAGGACAAGAGCUCUGGCACCUCUCAGGUAGUCCUCUCGAGCCAUGUUUCUUCUUUCGUUAGGCCCAUUGAGGGAGUGCCAGCCGUGCGAGUGAGCGAAUCCAAGGUGCUUUCUCUCAAGGGCACAGACUCGAGCGCACAAUUCCUUCGUCUAGUUGCGCUGAAUCUGCUCGCUAUUGAUAUGGUCGGCAACAUGUCGCAGGGCGAGCAACUCGUUGUAUAUGAGCCAGAGCCCGCACUCGCGCAGGUGCUUCAAAGGGAGGCCAAGGGACGAGGUGUCGGAGUCACAGUCCUGUCAUCGACCAUGAGUAUUGACAGGUGCCAUCUCCUGGGUUGGAUUCCAGUUCACGCCCAAGUUUCGGCUCGUAUUCUCAAAGACACCCUGCCAAAGAGCGCAUCGGUUUUCCUCAACUGUGAGCGUGGGCACAUGGAGGGUGGCGUGGGCACUGCGGCUCGCAUUGUCGCUCAUCUCUCAUCGCGGUGCAAGAUCGUAUCCUUGGCAGAUCUCUUCGAUAAGACUGCUUGGAUCAAGCCUGCCGAGGCCCAAACCGCUGGAGCUGAUGUUCACAGCCGGUUGGUGGGCGCAGUGAAGCACGCCCAAGAAGAUAAGAUCUCGACAUCUUCGGUCGAUAUCAACACCACUCCCGUCAAUCAAAUAGCAGAAGCAGGUUCUACUGACGUGAAGCUCGACGAAAAAAUAGAGCGAGCCACGGUUGUCGAGUGGGACCAACUCCUCACUGUCCCUAUCAAGAUUCGCCCCGUCGACGACCAGCAGCUCUUUGUUGAUUCCAAGACUUAUUGGCUCGCUGGUCUCAGCGGUAACGUUGGGUUAUCCCUCGCCGAAUGGAUGAUCGGCCAUGGAGCCAGGCACAUAGUCAUCACCAGUCGCAACCCCAAGGUCUCUGCCUCAUGGCUGGAUCGCAUGGCCGCCCGCGGAGCCGUGGUCAAGGUCCUCGCCAACAACCUGACAGACCUGAAGCAGACGCAGUCUCUAUACCACGACAUCUGCUCCGUCAUGCCCCCGGUCGGCGGUGUCGCACAGGGAGCCAUGGUGCUAGAGGACACGGCCUUCCGGAACAUGACGCGCGAGGCGAUGGACAAGGUGCUGCAGCCCAAGGUCCAGGGAAGCAUCGUCCUCGACGCGCUGUUCCGCCACAACAAGGACCUCGACUUCUUCGUCUUCUUCUCGUCGCUCGUCGGCGUCCUCGGCAACGCGGGGCAGGCCAACUACUCGGCCGCCAACCUGUUCAUGACCUCCCUCGCCGAGCAGAGGCGGCGCCGCGGCCUCGCGGCGUCGGUCAUGCACAUCGGGCCCGUCCUGGGCGUCGGCUACGUCUCGCAGAACAGCCAGGCCUCCAAGGCCAUCUUCUCGCGCGCGUCGGGCCUGCAGUUCGUCUCGGAGCGUGACCUGCACCAGCACUUUGCCGAGGCUGUCGUCGCCGGGCGCCCCGGCCUGGAUGGGCCCCUGGAGAUCGCCACGGGGCUGUUGAGGGUGCCCGCGAGCCCAGAGAAGAAGCCCUUCUGGUUCUCGAACCCGAUGACCACGCACUUCAUCAUGAAUAACACCGGUGGCGCUGCGGACUCUUCUUCGAAGGCUUCCGAGUCCAAGGCGUCUGUCAAGGCGCUGCUCCUGCAGGCCAAGACGCCUGGCCACGUGACUGAUGUGCUGAAGAAUGCGUUCAGGCAAAUUAUUUGUGCGCUGUUCCAUCUUGGCGUUACUGAUCUGGACGAUGAGACCAAGUUCAUGAGCUCAUCGCUUGAUGAGAUGGGUCUUGAUUCCCUGCUGGCUGUUGAGAUCAGAACCUGGUGGAUGAAGGCCGUACAGGUCAAUAUCUCGGUCAUGAAGAUCCUGUCGGGUCUUACUAUCGGCGAGCUGGUUGCUCUCGCUCAGGAGAAUCUGUCUGCCGAUCUGACUCCGCUCAUGAAAUCCGAUGGCGAGGCUGAAGAAGACAAGACUGUCCCCCAAGUCAGGGUAUCCAGUGCCACGUCCGCCGAGAGCGCCGAUGUUUCUUCAAAGGGAUCAUCCACGUCGGCCUCAUCUGAAGCCGGAGACCCAGCGAUCAUGACUCCUUUCUCGGAGCCCGAGGCGUUCGAGACAACGGCCAAAGAUGCUGAUACUGUAUGUUCCAGUCCACUUCCCACCGUCUCAAAGUGGAUGGACCUCUCCUUCAGCCAGCAAGUCUUCUGGUUCGUCCUGACCUUCCUAGAAGACCGAGCGGGCCUGAACCACACGGGGGCAUUCCGCCUGACGGGGCCCCUGCGCGUGGGCGACCUCGAGCAAGCGAUAAUGCGCCUCGGACAGCGCCACGAGUCCCUGCGGACUUGUUUCAAGACGGACGAAAACGGACAGCCGAAGCAAGGUGUCUUCGAGCCGAGCCAGCUGCGGCUGGAGCGCAGACGCAUUGCCAAUCAGGGCGAGGCUGAGAAGGUGGCCGAGGACUUGCAGAGCUACUGCUACGACCUCGAGCGCGGAGAGUGUUUCCGAGCAAUCCUCCUGGAGCUGUCGCCCACCGUCAACUUCGUGGUCUACGGGACGCACUCCCUGGUCCUGGACGGGCUAUCCUCCGUCGUCCUCACGCGGGAGCUGCAGCACCUGUACGACAACGACACGGCCCCCCUCACCCCGGCCGGCGCCAUCUGCCAGUACCCAGCCUUCGCCCAGGCCCAGCUCGAGGCCCUCAAGAGCGGCGCCCUGGAGCCCAGCCUGCGCUUCUGGAGGAACGAGUUCUCAACCUGCCCGCCGCCCCUGCCCGUCCUCCGCGUCUCGCCCGCCGUCAGCCGGCCCGUGCAGAGGCGCUACGAGAACCAGCGCGCCGACCUGCGCGUCGACGCGGCCACCAAGGCGGCGAUAUGGCGCGUCUGCAGGGCCCACCGGAUCCGGCCGUUCCACUUCUUCCUGGCCGCGUUCCGGGCGCUGCUGGCGCGGUGGGCGGACGCCGAGGAGGUGGCUGUCGGCAUCGGCGACGCCAACCGGUCGCACGACGGCGCGAUGGGGAGCCUGGGCCCGUAUAUCAAUCUCCUCCCGCUGCGGUUCUCGAAUGACGCCGCGCAGGUGUUUGGGGAGGUGUUGGAGGAGACGAAGGGCAAGGCUGAUUCUGCGUUGGCGCAUUCUGAUGUUCCUUUCCAGGUUCUGCUGAAUGACCUCGGCGUCCCCAGAUCAGCUAGCCACACGCCCAUCUUCCAGACCUUCUUCGACUACCGCCAGGGCAUGCGCAAGAAGCAGCCCUGGGGCAACUGCGAGCUCGAGAUGCUGUCGUUCCAGGCGUCCAAGGUCCCAUACGACUUGGCACUGGAUAUCAUCGACGACGCGGGCGAUGCCGACUGCCUGCUCAUGCUGAUUGUCCGCGAGGACAUGUACUCGAAGCAGGAUGCUGAAGUUCUGCUCCGGAGCUAUGGUCAGCUUGUCAAGGCUUUCGCAGAGAGUCCUGGGGUCUCGUUUGCGGAGCCGGACAUGUUUGAGCCCACCGAAGUGGGCAGGAGCUUGAAAUUUGGACGAGGAGAAUUCCUGCCAUCCCAAUGGGCAGAGAAGACUGUCAUUGAACGAGUGGAAGCAAUCGCGCAGUCCAACCCAGACAAUGUCGCCGUCAAAUUGCCUCACGGUGGCAAGUCCAUGACUUACAGUCAGAUGAUGGCAAAGUCUCAUGCUAUUUCCGCGGCUCUCCAGGCUGAAGGCUGCACCCGCGGCAGCGUUGUCGCCGUGUACCAAGAGCCCUCGCCCGACUGGCUGUCAUCGGUUCUCGCCGUCUUCAGUAUAGGGGCGAUCUGUGUUCCUUUCGACGCGGGCACGCCGACCAAGCGUCUGUUAGACAUGGCUCGUGACAGCCAGGUCAACAUCAUAAUUGUCGAUGCCGAGCUCGAGGCAGCGGCAACCAGCGGGCUCCUUGUGGACGGGGGAGCGAAGGGGAUCAUCAGCGUCGACCAGUGCGACGCUGUCCAGAAUGCAGAUGUCAAAAUACCUGCUCCUCUUGCAGAGGCCGAAGACCCAGCCAUGAUCCUCUACACCAGCGGAUCAACGGGUAACCCCAAGGGCAUCGUCCUCAAGCACAGCGGCUUCAGGAACUGGGCCGAGUUCGUCCCCGCCCAGUUCAGCCACAGCCCUGGCGGGGCCGAGACGGUCCUGCAGCAGAGCUCGUCCAGCUUCGACAUGGCCUUCCUCCAGGUCUUCUGGGCGCUGUGCUCCGGGGGCACCGUCGCCCUCGUCCCGCGCGGCGACCGCGUGGACGCGGGCGCGAUCACGGAUAUUAUUGCUGCGGAAGGCGUCACCGUCACGAACGGCGUCCCGUCGGAGUAUUCCAACUGGCUGAGAUAUGGCAACAAGGAAUCGCUCCUUCGCUCUGCAUCUCACUGGAAGACGGCGAUGUGCGGUGGUGAGCCCGGGACGCCUGCUAUCAUGGAUCUCUACAUCUCCUUGGGCGAGCAGGGACCCCGGCCUCGGUUCUACCACAUGUACGGCCCGACCGAGAUCACCUUCAUCACCUCUGGGACGGAGCUUACUUACCCGGUUGCCGGGGCCAAGGCCGAGAAAUCGGCGUCUGUCGGUGGGCCGUUCAUCAACUAUUCAAUCUACAUCCUCGACGAGCAGCUCCGACCUGUUCCGCCUGGAGUCCAGGGCGAGAUCUACAUCGGAGGAGGGGGCGUGGCAUCUGGGUAUCUCGGCAACCCUACACUGACCGCAGAGAAGUUCAUGCCCGACAACUUUGCCCCGGAGGCCUUCAAGGACCAGGGGUGGUGCACUAUGCAUCGAACGGGAGACAUGGGCCGGUGGACCGAGGAGGGCGGCGUCAUGAUCGAGGGACGCAAGUCUGGAGACACGCAGCAUAAGCUCCGGGGGCUGCGGGUCGACCUCCAAGAGGUUGAGAAUGUGAUGCUCAAAGAGGCCAAGGGCGUCCUGAGUGACGUUGUUGUCACUGUCCGCCGCACAUCGCCGCAGAGCCCCGAGUUCUUGGUUGCGCAUGUCCGUUUCGAGCCCGCACACUGUCCGCCGGAGGAGGAGCAGCAGUCUGUGCUGAGCUCUUUAUUGUCCAACCUGCCUCUUCCACAGUACAUGUGGCCCGCAGCUGCGAUUGCUGUGAAAGAACUGCCGAUGAUGGUAUCCGGAAAGCUCAACCGCAGGGCAGUCGCUGCUCUUCCUCUGCCGGAUAUCUCUGCACUCGAGGAUCAUUUAGAUGGAGAAGACAGUAGUGCACCGCCAGCGGUAUUCACAGAUACCGAGGCCAAGAUGAAGCAGAUCUGGGAGGAUCUCAUCUCUCAGCACGUCAUCAAGAUGCGCCGUGUCAGGCCCGAGACCGACUUCUUCCAUGUUGGCGGCACCUCGCUGCUCCUCUUGCAACUCCAGGCCCAGAUCAAGCAGAUCUUCGGCUUCAGGAUCCCGCUCGUGCAGCUCUUCGAGUCGAGCACCCUGUCAGCUAUGGCUAGGCGCGUUGACAACAAGUCGGAAGCAGAGAGCGAGAUGACUUUUGACUGGGAGUUCGAGACAGCCGUUCCCGAGGCCACUGCCACGGCUCUGAAGACGGCAGUCGAUCACGUUCCCGCCGCAAACAAAUCCGUCGUCCUCACAGGCGCGACGGGCCUGCUGGGCCAAGGAUUCCUGAAGGCCCUUGUCGCCGAACCCGGCAUCGAAAGAAUCCACUGCGUCGGCGUCCGCAACGCAUCUGCCCGGAUCUCAUCUUUGCCCCUUCUCGGACACGCCAAGGUCGCCUGCUACGAAGGAGACCUGGCCGCCCCGCAGCUCGGCCUCGACGACGCGACGGCCACGUCCAUCUUCAGCUCGGCAGACCGCAUAAUCCACAACGGGGCCGAUACCUCCCACUUCAAGACAUACCGGUCUCUCCGGGGGUCCAACCUCCAGGCCACCAAGGAAAUUACCAGGCUGGCCCUGCGCUUCGGCAGCGGCCGCAAGAUCCCCGUCCACUUCGUCUCGACCGCCAGCGUGCUGCAGUACUCGCGGCUCGAGUCGUUCGGCGAGGAGUCCGCCGUCGCGUAUCCGCCGCCGCCGAACGCCCUCGACGGCUACAGCGCCACCAAGUGGGCCAGCGAGCGGUACCUCGAGAGGCUGUACGAGCUGAGCGGCGGUUCGUGGCCAAUGUGGAUCCACCGGCCCACCAGCGUCCAGCGACCUGCUGGUGACUACGAGGGCAGCAACAACGAUGGUCCGUCGCUGGAUCUGAUCUCGAAUCUCCCUGCGCGCAUCGUCGAGAGUAUGCUGCAUGAGAUGUCUGUCACGGCCGCACCGGGCUCUGGUGUGCGACACGUGAAUGAGGUUGGCGAGACCGACAUCCCGCUGGAUAAUAUCAAGGACUAUAUUGACGCCCAGACGGGCGCGAGCGCUGAGGUGCUGCCGCUUGAUCAGUGGGCGAAGAGGGCGGGUGAGGUUGGGAUGGACCCGAUUCUGGUGGCGUUCUUUGAGAACACGGUGGGCAUGCCGCCUGUGGUCUGGCAGAAGUUGAGCAGGAGCGCUUAG